AUGGAUGACGACCACCAGCCGGUGCUGCAGCGUCUCCGCGCUGAGUUAGUGCGGAGACAGCGCCAACCACGGGGACGGCCACCACGACGGCCACAGGGACGGCCACAGCGAUGGCCACAGCGGUGGCAACGACAACCAGUGCCCAACUGCUGGGCGUUGCCGGAGCACCAGCGUAACGCCGAGGACCACGACCAGCUCGUGAUCGACCGGGAGCCACUCGUCGACAAUCGUCACCAGCCCAUCGACGACAUGCCGUUCCGAGGUGACGGGGGCGAGCAUGAUCAGCAGCUUGGUAUGCCGCUAAGCUUUGCUGAGGAUCUCUUCACCCAACCGAUGCAAGAUGGCCAAGGCUAUGCACCGCGCCUUCCAGCGAAUUCCACCAUCCAGGCUCAGGAGAAUGAUACACCGCUCAUCGCCUUUCACCACGAGCACUACCAGCAGCAGCAGUACCAGCAGCAGUCGUACCAGCAGCAGCAGUACCAGCAGCAGUAUGAGCAGCUGACAUCGGCAGCUGGUGGUAAUGAAAGCGCAGAUCUCAACAACGCGACUCCAGCACUUCUCCCUCACCAGGAGUACCAGCAGCAGUACCAGCAGCAGCCGUACCAGCAGCAGUACCAGCAGCAGUAUGAGCAGCUGACAUCGGCAGCUGGUGGUAAUGAAAGCGCAGAUCUCAACAACGCGACUCCAGCACUUCUCCCUCACCAGGAGUACCAGCAGCAGUACCAGCAGCCGUACCAGCAACAGCAGGAGCACUACCAGCAGCAGCAGUUCCAGGAGCACAACCACCAGCACCAAGAGUACCAGGAGUACCAGCAGCAGUAUGAGCAGCAGUAUGAGCAGCUGACAUCGACAGUUGGUGUGAAUGGAAGUGCAGAUCUCAACAACGCGACUCCGGCACCGCUCCCUCACCAGGAGCACAAGCAGCCGUACCAGCAGCCGUACCAGCAGCAGCAUGCAGCUUCGACUGACCACAGCGCUCAUGCUCCUGCCGCCUUCGGUUCCGCGCCACCAAUGAGCCUCAGCCUGCGUGACGACAAUAACGACGAUGACGUCGACGAUGACGGUGAUGACAGCGACAACGACGACGGGGUGGACGAGCAGCCGGGGAGUCAAGACGAACACCGGCAGGAUGGUGUCGGGGCAGGAGAUGUCGAGUUUUGUCCUUUGACAUUGACAAACCUGCCACCACCACCACCCGAGUAUUCCCACAAGCCCUGCCCUUCCGACAACCCCGCGCUGACGACACUAGUUGAGCUGAGUACACGCGUGGAUAUGGACCCUCAUGUCCUUCUUGAGCUGACAACAACGAAAGCAAGCCGCAAGCGCAAGGUGGUGACCUUCCUUCAGUCCGCGGUUCUUGUUGAGGAGCCCACAGCAAAGGUGAUGAAGAUCGUCCUGCGCCGCAUCGACCCCAUGCUCGAGAAGCGGUUUGAGAGGCAACGCCGCUGCGUGCAGAACGCGUGGUGCAACAAGCUCAGGGAGCGCUCAGACGAUGUCCACGACCGCUGGCAGCGCCUCAAGAACCACGCCCUCAGGAACGAGAUCCAGGCCGCCAACAACACCCUGCAGGCGCUCACGGCCCUGCAACGCCGUGUGACACCCGCUGAAAGCCCUCUUUUUGAGGGGUACUGA